GUCAGCUUUCCUCAAUUCGAUUUGUAACGUCGCUCGGUACGGUCGUUCGUCAGUGUGGUGUGGUCGCAGCCGCGCGUUUGUGUGUUUUGUGGUGAUUUGUGUGUGAAAAUUUAACCAAUCGGCUACACAGUGGUGUGAAAACGCAACGGCACUGCAUCGGCAUUGUACCGUGUUGCGCGGGUGUGUCCAGGUUGUGCUGAGGCCGCCGUGCCCUGAGGUCAGUUCCGCCAGCCCAGGCUUCUGCCCAGUGUAGUGUGUCAACAAAGCGCUGUUCUGGAAUGUGAGUGUUUCCGCUGUUGAACCGAAAGUCGAAUUCAUACCGUGUACUUCGGAUGUUGUGCGGCUAGCAAGCAGAGUGUGUGUGUGUGCGCUCGUGUUAAGUGCAUAUGUGUGCAUUUGUGUGUACAUAAUAUUAUCGUGUGUGCGUGCGUGUGGAUGUGCUAAGUGCAAGAAGUUCGCUCGAUGCAGCUGAUCACGCAUGCCGUGGUUGGUAGGGCCGUAGUAGUGUAGUACCGGGGGGGCUGUAAGUGAAGCGAGCGCCCCAAAACGAAGCUUGUGCAGCAACAGAAAUCUCUCCAAAACGGUGCUCUCGGUCAUCCCGCUUGGGAGAGAGGGAGAGAAGUUAGACCCCUGCGUGGUGGUGUGAAACGUAACGUCGUCACCAUUCGAUCUCAACCGGGCGACUCACAGGAUUCGGGUGACGAGGAGCUUGCGCCUCGCACCGGUCCCUGUGCCCUGCCCCGCUCGACGGUGGCGGGAGGCGGAGGAGGAGUAGGAGGAGGAGGUGGAGGUGCUGGAAGCGGCGGAUUAGUGGGAGGAUAUCCGCCCGGCAACAUGUCGCUGAAUGGGCGCGAGCUGGUGAAGCAGCCGCCACCGGCCGACUACAACCAGAGCGUGUUGACGAUGCAGAAAUCGGUCACCAUCACGGUGACGCCGCAGCGCAGCAACUCGAUGGAUCUGCUCAACUUCGAGGAGAAGCGACAGCUGAUCGCGUCCUCGCUGUCACUGUCCGACAUACUGCACGUCAGUCCGGCCGCGGCGCACGUUGCCAAGGAGGUUGCCGCCAGCACGGUGAUUGCGACAAAAAAACAGAACGGCACCACGAUGCGCUCGAACAGCCUCAACUCGGGCUCCCGGACACCGCCGCUAGAGCGCAAAAGCAGCAAGUUCAGCGCCUUCGGCCGGCUGUUCAAGCCGUGGAAGUGGCGGAGAAAAAAGAAAAGCGAAAAGUUCGAGUCCACCUCAAAGUCGCUCGAGCGGAAAAUUUCAGUACGUGCCAACCGGGAAGAACUUGUACAAAAGGGCAUUCUGCUACCGGAAAGCCCUACAUCUGCACUAUCGAUAGCUGCCAUUUGCAUCAGUCCCACGGAAUCGGUUACGUGGUCCACCUCAGCGCACAGGCAGUUGCAAACCUUCCAUCAUCAGCCACCGCCGCCGCCACCCCCAAUGGCGUCGUUGCACUAUCGCAGUCCAAACGAGGAGCAAUACACGAUCUACAACUCAGUGAACGGAACGAACGGUGCCGUCCUGCCAAAUCUCGCAACCUCUGUCAACGCACCAAAUAGUACUAGCAUAGCGAGCAACAACGUGCCUUUAUCGCAAUCGGCCCAGCAGAUCAGCAGCCUCGGCGGCGGUCCGGGCGGUGUCGGCACGCCGGUUGGUUCACUCAACCUGUCGGCCAUCCUGGGCGGUGGCGGCGGCGGCGGUGCUAUGGGUCCCGGAGGACAGCUGGUCAAUUCAUCCACCGGUGCGGGCGGUGGUGGUGGUGGUGGUGUAAUCGGUGCAAACAUGAUCAGUGGUAGUACGGCUGGCAGUGCGUUGGCCAGCAUUUUGACCGGAAGUGUUAGUUUAAGUGGUGGUGGUGGAGGAGGAUCUGGUGCCAGCGGGUCAGGAGGAAAUGGUGGACCAGGCGGUGGAGGUGCGGGUGGUGCCGGUGUCGUGCUAGUGUCCGGGCUGGCGCACUCACAAUCCGCCCAUCAGAUAGGGCAACCGCCGCCGCCGUCCCUCGUUCACGCGCAGCUUGCCCCGCACCAAGCCCUUCAGCAGCAGCUACAGCAGCAUUUCGCGAACGUAGCCGCCAACGCCAGUGCCAACAUGAAUCAAGAAACGCGCAAGGAUAAGUUUGACAGCCGUCAUCAUCACGAUAGCGGUGGUGGCAGCAUCAGCACUUCGUCCUCCAGUGCUAGCGCUGGUCAAUCGUCCGGUAGUUCCGGCUCGGGACAUUCAGCAACAACUGACGGUGGCAACAGUAGUGGCAUCGGACAAAGUAACGGUGGUGGUGGUGGUGGUGGUGGUGGUGGAAACAGUGCUGGCUAUGCAAUGGUGUCGCAACAACAUCAGCCGCUUACCAAGCCGGAGCGUCCGAACAGCUUGGGCCCGUCCAAGCUGACGCGCCGGAUCGUCUGCUAUCAUGGCGAUGGUUUUCAAGAUAAUCAAAGGAAAACACCACCGCCGGCCAAUGACGGCCAACAGCAGCAGCAUCAGCUGCAGCACCAUCAGAUGCAGCAGCAAACGCAAUCUCUCCAGGCGCAGCACCACCACCAGGCGCUGCAGCAGCAGCUCCAGCAGCACCACCAGGCGCAGCAGCAGGCCCAGCAGCUGGCCCAGCAGCACGGGCAGCAUGGCGGUGGCCACGGGCAUACCCACGGGGGGCACCAUGGGCUGCCUAAUCAUAUCGUGCUGUCGGAGCUGCCGGAACCGCCGAUUCCGGUGUCGGAGAUUGGUCCCAUCCCACCGCCGCCCAUGUUCUCCACGCCCAGCCCAACGCUGGCCGGGACGCGCUCGCACGGUUCCAGCGCGGGUGGCGUAAGCAUGGGAGGCAGUGGCGGUGGCGGUAGCAGUAGCAGUGGUGGCGGUGGUGGCAUCGCGGGCGGAGGCCAACCACCGAAUGUGCAUUCCACUAGUAGCAAUAGUAGUAUUAUGAGUAACCUUAUACCGUUAGAUAUGAACGAUUACGACUACGACGAUCAUGAAAACAAUGAUCAAGAGGAGAUCGAUUCAGACGAAGACUACAUGUACCCGAUGUCCCAGCCGAACCCCAACAUUGACACGAACCGUAUCGACGAGAUCCCGGCCAAGGAACCGAACAUUAACGCGGUGCCAUUGAAGUCUGCGCUGAAGAAGAAAGGCUCCAACCCGGGAACCCCGACGCAGGACAAUCGUGCCCUGGCGGUACGAUACGACACCAAUCCACCGGCUGCUGCCACAAUCAAGCCAGUUUUACGACCACGGAUUAGAAUAUGUUCGCGACCGAUGCGUUUCCAAAUAGGCCUACCGAGCACGAUGGAAAACAAGGAAAACGCUCGCCCGUUUGUGAUCCGCGAGACCGGCGAUGACUGCGACCAGUCGGACGGGCCGAUCCACUACCGGGACGAGGAUGCGGACCGGGCGGCGAAAAUCGCGCGCAAGGAAAGUCUUUCCAUCAAGCUGGCACUAAGGCCCGACCGGCAGGAACUGAUCAACCGGAACAUCCUACAGCUGCAGUCGGACAACGAGAAGCAGGAAUCGAAGGAAGCGAUCGGUGCGCGCCUAAUCCGCCGGCUGUCAAUGCGCCCCACCGCCGAGGAGCUUGUCGAGCGGAACAUUCUCAAGACACAAUCGCCGGCGGAAGAGAAAAAGCAAAAGGAGGAAAAGAAGCGCUAUCUACUGCGGAAGCUCAGCUUCCGGCCGACGGUCGACGAGCUGAAGGAGAAGAAAAUUAUUCGUUUCAAUGACUACAUUGAGGUGACGCAGGCGCACGACUACGACCGGCGGGCGGACAAACCGUGGACACGCUUGACGCCGAAAGACAAGGCCGCCAUCCGCAAGGAAUUGAACGAGUUCAAGAGCUCCGAAAUGGCCGUGCACGAAGGUAGUCGACAUCUUACCAGGUUUCAUAGGCCAUGACAACUGCAAGGAAGGAAGGCCAAACAGUGCAAGCAAUUUGCCAUUCAUUACGUUUUACAUUUCUCAUUAGAAAUUACUUCCAUCCAACGUCAGACCGUGUACAUCUGAGUGUGGCACCGCGCGCAACACGCUUUUGUUUGUUGUUUAUGGUAGGGCCGAUAACUCAACGCUUCGAUUAAGUUGUGAACAAGGAUCGCUUCCCGGGCAGAGAGAGCAGCGCGAACGGUUCUUGCUGUGCAGCAUCAACAUUUGUCCUUGGAUGAUUCACCUUGGAGGACAAUGUUUGUUCCGGCGGGAUCCGCUGUAAAACUACUCGUUCUUGUAGAAACCGCCCUUUCGGGACACAUUCUUGUUAAAAGUACGCGGCAGAGCCAGUUGCUAGCAUGGUUACUUGUGCGGCACUGUAUUAGUAUUUUCCCACCAGUUUACAUAACACAAAAAAAACAAGAAAUCGGUUCGACAAAGAGAUUCCAGGAUUGCAACAUUUCCUUCAUAUUCCGACCGAUGCCAAUUGAAACCUCGACGAUCAUCACAAUCAGACUAAUUUGCUCCUAAGCUUACAUGCAAGGUAGAAUUCCUGGUAACAUGAAGAUGAAUAUUUUAAACACCCAAUCACUCUAGACGACUACUUACAACAGGUUGAAGUUAGUAGACAAACAUCCACGCAAAGACAAUUUCCCCCUCUGAGAAGGAAAUGCCACUCACGGGAGUCUAUCUCAGCUUGGUUUCGCACGUACUGUAACUGUUAUUUGCAGUCAUGAUAAGCCCUGUGAUGAUUGCACGCGGCAGCCAUAUUGUACUAUUACACGCAGUGAAACCGCACAUUCUCGAUGAACGGCGGGCCCCAACGACGACACACACGAUCUAAUGAUUGAAGGUGCGCGCGUGUGUGUGUGAUCAGUAGCUUCUUUAAAAUUGCGACGCAAAAUGUUUUACUAUUUUCGCCAAUCGGUCGGUUAAAAUUAUUCGCAAUUACAUACACAGACAUAAAUCGAGAAAGAUUGCAUUGCAAGUGUGCAGCAAAAGGAAAGGUGGUGUUAUCACAAGACAAAAUAUCCCCAUACUAAACCACGGUAGGAACAGCAGACGGAAAAACAUCUAAAAUUGGAAACAAAACAAAAAAAAGUAAGAAAAAACUUGUUUUGAAGAGAAAACAAAAACAUAAAUGAGAAUAAUCAUACUGUGAUAAAGUUGAUGACGUUAGUAGAAUGUUACCGACAAGGAGGAAAUGCAAGCAUGAAAUGUAUGUAAGAGGGGGGACACAUUUUGCAAAAAAAGAAGGAAAAAAAUAACAAUUGGACUGUGCGGCAUUGGGAAAAGUGAACGUUGUAGCUGGGCGUCGUUGGUAUUUGGAAGCAGACAGAACCGGAUAGGUGAAAAAAUUAAACAAAUGUCGACGACGGUGGCAAGGCAAAAGGGGAUCCACUAGGAAUGAGAUAACAGAGUGUAGUACUAGAGCCGUUGUACGCGGAAGCUUCACGCACCGUUGUAGGAAGGAAAACAAAAGCUAACCAGCUGGGGUAUGCUCAUCAAAUUGAGCAGAAACCGGCAGUAAUUGCAGCUUAAUGUGAGUUUUAGCAAUAGGCAACGGACAAGCUCCGAUAAACUUUGAGCACAGAUAAGAGCAGCAGCAGCAGCAGUAGCAGAAGCAGUACCAUCACAAAACAACAUCCAUACCAGUGAUUAUUAAAAGACCACGUGGUAACGGCGAUAGGGAUUCAGAAACUUGUUCAGUUCACAAUUAACGACAAAACUAUAGGUAUAUGCGUGUAUCACAGGAAACCAGGUGCAUUUUGUGCGCGAAAACACUCGAGUUGAGUGUAAUUGGUAUUACAAGUCGUACAGAACACGCUGCAUAAUAUAAAACAAACCUAUGCUUAUAAAUUCUUUGUGCAUACAUGGACGGAAGCAAAACCAUGCAACGUCUGCUAUAAUAAUACUGCGGUGCUGCUAAAGAUACUACUGCUACUGCUGCUGCUAUUACUACUAACGCUAACACAACCAACCAGUACCAGAAAGCAAGAAACGAAAUCAUUACAUUGUACAUAUCCUGCGCAUGCAACUGGUGCAGACGGUUGCAGAGUUUUGAGAUCAUCCUCGGUGCGAACGUAUUAUUAAAAAUCCCAAAAGGAUGCGCCAUUCGGAUGCACGAAGCAUCGACAAAACAGGAUGAAGAAUCGGUGUUUACAUUUAGAAUCCCUUUACCAAUAGUGGAAUUUGGAAUCGUACUGCUAUGUAAACUUCUUCACUUUUUCGACAGGUGUGAUAGUCUAUUCACAUCGGCACGUGGAAAAAAACGCGUAAGUGUUUAAUUUGAUCAAACACGUAGCAAAAGAGUGAAUGGUGGUGGGAUGCUGUUAUGCAAACCCGAUGAGGAAGUUACAAAAUGGCAGCAAAUGGGGGGAGAAAAUAGAAAAGGAAAAUAAACACAACGAGACAACAAUGCAAAUGGUAGAGAACACAUGAAGAUACACAUUUUGAUAACAAAGCUAUAUCCAUCGUCUCAGAGAGUGAGGUAGAGAGAGAGUGAGAGAGUAGAGAGAAGAAAGAAGGGCGAGAGGGAUAUAGAGGAAACGGGAGAAGGAAAGAGAGAGGAAGAGAGAGUUAAUGAAUAUGAAAAUGUCAAACCGAAAUAAACAAGUCUUUAACAGUUGGAGUGAGAGUUAAUGCGUUUUAGACGAGGUCUGGCCACGAGAUAAAUACGAACCACUCGUGUUGUAAUGAUGGGUGAAGCCAAGAGUAGUUGAACGUGAAGCAAUUUAUCGAACGACACGCAGGACUUGAGGAACACACUAAAUCAGGAGUGAAAAGCAAAUGCAAAGCGAUGUGUAAGAUACGAAAAAAAAUUCAAAACAGAUAUUGUCUAAACAUAAAUACAGAACCCCCAUUACUCUCCUGAAUGGCGAAUGCAAAAUAUAAACAAAAAAGCAAGCAAAUGUGUUCGUUAACGACUACUUGGCUAUGGAAGGGGAAGGAAAAAACAAAUAAAAGCAUAAACUAAACCAUAACCAUAAUCAAGCAUUAAAAGGCAUUUUGGUGAGCCAAAAAGAUAUUUGUAGCAAAAAGGGUGCGAUGCAUCACAAAUCUCACAGAAAGACACAAAACCAACACACACACACAUAAAUACACGACGCAACACACAACUCCCGUUGUGCGACAGGCAACAAAGAGAGCGCAUCUUUUAACGUUGGGUAAGGUGCGAUCUUUGAUUUUGUGACACUAUUUGAAGUAGCACAUUUUUCAACAAUUCUGUCGUUUACUAGCUUUGGCUUAGUGCAAAGCUUUACACGGAGGCAUGAAACAUUUCGUUUCAUACACGUGUGUAAUUAAUCAAGUGAAGUGUGUUUGCGUUCAUUUGGUGCUUUGGAAGGCACGGUAAUUGGUGAUCUUAUCAUGCCUGACUGUGUGUUGUGUAUAUGGAUGAGUUUAAUCACGAUAAAGCUCGUUUGAUUGCUUUUCUUUUAGUUGUGAUGUUGCUGUGCACUGCAACAAAAUUCAGAGCCCGUGGCAUUAGUGUCCGUGUUGGAGCUGGUCCUCACAAUCGACAAAAUUAACGUUAUGUUUUAAAUGCCCUUCCACAGACCCGGGGCAAAAAACAAACAACUUCCAGAUAUAUUAUCGAAUCAUUCAAAACCCACACACCACCCAUACUCUCACUCAAACACAAGGAAUACCAGAUACAUCCAGAGGCGGAAACCCAAGUGAAAACAUGAAAUAUGAAUUAUGAGUAUAAAAAUUUCAAAGUGAAAGUAACAGAAAUGAAACACACAUUAGGAGUUUAAGUGUAAUACGUAUAAAUAUAUAUAUGAACAUAUAUAUUAAUAUCGAUGCAUAAACACAGAAGCAGGAUACGGUUGAUGAUGAUGCAAAGGAAAACAGCAGACAAGUAUGACGGGCAGGUGAGAUAAGUGUGGAAGAUUGUAUGGUAGGAUGAAUCGGUUACAAAAACCGUCGACAAAUAGGACGCAACAUGCUGUCCGGAGCGAAACAAAUCAAUAAUUUGUUAAGACAAGCAAACAAACAAACAAACAAAAAAGAAUACAAAACAAAUAACGACAAAUAAAUGAAACAGAAAAUGUAA